GUUUGAGCCUAUAUUUUUAUAGGUUGGGUUUAGAUAUUUGAAUUCAGAUUGGGUUUGGAAAACAUAACAUGGUGUUGUGUAUGGAGUGUGACCAAGGGAGGAGGAUUUGGAGAUAGGCCAAUCAACCAAUGAAAAUACUCCAUUUCUCCACGUGUCACUCUACAGGCUCAAAAGGAAAAAUCUAGGUAUGAAAGGACUGAAGACCAAACGAAUGGACUCGAAGAAGAUAUAGCAAAGCAAACAACACUACGCUGCCAAGAGUUGAUUGAUUCCUAAUCCAUGGCAAUGCCUUACGUUGCUGUAGCUUCCUCUUCCAUGGCGGCCACGCCGGUCCUAAUGCCUCGCCUCCCGGCCACUGCCGCCGCCAACGCCGCCACCCGCUGUUCCGCCUUGCCUUAUCUCCCACCUCGUUUGUCAUCCUCUUCCAACCACUUUUCAGGGUCUCGCAGGUUCUCUUCGCUCCAGGUUAGAGCCUCUUCUUCAGAAGAAACAUCUUUAAAUACUGAAGAGCUAUUCACUGACUUGAAGGCGAAGUGGGAUGCGCUUGAGAACAAAUCCACUGUAUUUCUCUAUGGAGGCGGUGCAAUAGUUGCAGUUUGGCUGUCCUCAGUUGUUGUUGGUGCCGUCAACUCCGUUCCAUUGCUUCCGAAGAUCAUGGAGUUGGUAGGACUUGGAUAUACAGCAUGGUUCGUGUACCGAUACAUUCUCUUCAAGUCAAACAGAAAAGAGCUGGCCACGGACAUUGAAGCACUGAAGAAGAAGGUGACGGGAGCUGAAUAGAUCAAUAUGAUCAAAUGCUGAGUUUAUCCUUACAUUUAGUCUCAACCCAUUGGUUUAAAUUGGUUCUUUUCUGUAUCUUAUGUAAAAGGGCCAUCCAAGCUCUCCUCUCCUCUGCAAUGUAGACUAGUUUUGCUGCUUUUGCAUGCUUUCUUGUCACUCCUGGAUCUCCCCGGGCUCAUCCUUGCAAUAAAAUUUGCCAAUUUUCUUGUUUGCUUU